AUGGACAGACAAGAAGAGAAGAUAGAAUUUACGGAGCAGAGGGCGGAUCCCUCAGUUCCGGUCGGUGAUGUGGGUGGUAGUGCGGGCCCCUCCCGACCGUCAUCCUGCGACCGCAAUGCCUCUUCGGUGGUGAACCAGGCUGAAGGGCAGAGACCAAAUACUGGCGAGGAGGAAUACGAAGAUGUAUUUAAAGGUAGACCGCGGAUAGAAAGAAGUCCAAAGGAAGAACCGAAGGAAGUAACGGAAAAGUAUAAUAGAUGCUCUGAAAUAGACAAUAUAAUAAUCUCCACGGACGAAGAAGAGGGAUCGGAAGUGGAAGAGGAAAGAGAAGCACAACAGAAAAAAGGAGAACAAAUAGAUAAAGAACGGAUGGAAGCUGGAACGAGCAGUAGAGGUCGAACAAACAGCUGGAGUGUGGGCGAGAAAAAUAAACCGAGAACACCGGUGCAUAAAAAAGUGGAAAUUUUUGAAAGUUUUUUCAAAAGAAAAAAGAGAAAAAUGAAUACAAGUCCAGAACAGAUGAAUAACGAGAUGACAGAAGAUAGGCAGGCAGAAUGUACAAUAGGAAACCAACAUUUGAGCAGAAUGCAAGACAAAAUUCUAGAAUUGGAUGAGUUCGUUAAAGGAAAUCAAAACGUACAUAGACAAGUGAAAGCAUUAACUAAAGAACUGAAAGAAAUUGCCGUCAAAGCGAUAAAAAUUGAUCAUAAAGAGAUGAAGAAAUACCAAGAACAGAGGAAACAGGAUGAAAGAUAUAUAAAAAAAUUACAGAGACAGGUAGAAAACCUGGAGAAACAUUCGGAUAAUGAAAGACAAGAAGAGAACGACGAACAGUUGACAAGGGAAAAAAUAACGGAAAAGGGAGAUGGGGAAAUAAGGGAAAUAAUAAAACAGCACGAAGUUACAAAACAGAUAUUGGAGAGAAUGACUGUAGGAAUUCAGGAAGUGCAUAGUCAAGUAAAAGAAGGUGAAGUAAUACACGAAGGAAUUAGAAAAGCGGUCGAACGAAUAAACGAAGAGGCAAAUACCUACCGGGAAAAAGGGAAACUAAAAUAUGUAGAAAUGUUGAUUUCGAUUACGAACCGGGAAGAUAAAGAACACAUCGAGAGAGUAAACCUAGAACAGGAAAGGGAGAUACAAAGAAGAAUGAUGGAACAAAAAAAACUUGAGAAGUCGAUAGGAAAAGAAAUGGACGAGAAUGCGUUGUACGAAAUGGUAAAAAAGAGCUGGCCAGAAGCAAUGUAUAAGAAAUGUAAGUUGACUAUAGGAGACGCGCCAAAGGAAAAAGAGAAAGAUCUAAUAAUUGUGAGAAGAGAAGGAGAUGAAACAGAUAAUUACAGAAUUAAAAGGGCGAUAGAAGAAAUACCUCAUCUAGAGGAAGCGUUAAAGAAAAACGAAGAACACGUGGAAUUGCCAAUAUAUUUUGUGACGGAUAAUAAAAUAAUAUACGGGGAUGAUGCAACACAAGAGGUUGGACAUAUGAAAUAUACGUACGUGGUGACGGUAAAAGAAGCAGGGACACCCAAAGGAGUGGGUAACUGGUGGAAGGCGCUGAAAAGAAUUAAGGAAAUAAUGAGGAAGAACGGAAGGAAGAAAGUAGUAUGUGUGGCAUAUAACCUAAAAAGUGAAGAGACUUCUCGGAAACUUCUAGAACACGUCUUUAGAGGAACAGUAGAAGAAAUGGAUGUGGAAGUGUAUGGUACAACGAAAAAUAGACGAAAUAGUAGGAGAAGUGAAGGAGGUGAGGAAAACCAGUUUACUAGAAAGGGGAGAACGACUAAAGAGGAAACAAUAUUCAUAAAGCCGAUGAAUAACGAAGGAACCCUCUCAUAUGCAAAUACAGUGAGAAGCAUGAAAGAGAAAGUGAAAGUAACCGGUGUACAGAUAAAAGGAAUAACAAAAACUAAAGAGGGGGAAAUACAGGUGAGAAUAAAGGGAGAAAAAGCAGAAGAAAGAGAAGCAUUCGUAAGUACUCUGAAAGAAAAAAUGGUAGAUUGUGCAUCGGUAGUGGAGGUACAAAGGAAAACGAUAUUACUGUUGGAUCUAGACGCUGCGACGGACGAAGGAGAAAUAGUUACGGAGUUAGCCAAAGUAUUAAAUAUACGGGAUAAAAGGGAAAUGUCGGCGAAAAUACAAAUAGCAAAAAAAGAAAAUUCUAGAGGAGUUAAAUACGCUUUCGUCAGACUGAAGGAAAGGGAAGCCGAAACUAUCAUUAAAAAAGGACGAAUUGGAGAAGGGUGGAAUAGGUGGAGAGCCAGAGAGAUAGUAUCCGUGCCUAAAUGUUUCAAAUGCAAAAAGAUAGGACAUACAGCAAGAGCGUGCGAGGAGAGCGAAGGGGAAGUGUGUCACAAAUGUGGAGAAAUGGGCCAUAAAAUAAAGGAGUGCACACAAGAACAGGCAUGUUACUUAUGUAAAAAGGGAGGACACAGGGCGGAAUCUAUGAAGUGCCCAACAUAUAGGAAGAUUGUACAGGGAUUAAAGAAAAAGGGUACGGUCUUCGAUGAAUCAGAAUGA